AUGUCGGCCGCUACCACCUCGGCUUUGCCCUAUGUCCCGCUCGAGUCCUUCCCUACUGAUGCCCCGGCUACCGGCGGCGACAGCCUGACCGAAGACUUCAAUGUCUACUACCAGUCGGGCGACAUUGCCUGGAUCCUGACCUCGACCGCUUUGGUCUUGCUCAUGAUCCCUGGUGUUGGUUUCUUCUACUCCGGCCUUGCUCGUAGGAAGUCGGCGCUUUCCCUCAUUUGGCUCUCGGUCAUGGCCACCGCCGUCGUGUCUUUCCAGUGGUUCUUCUGGGGCUACUCCUUGGCCUUCUCGCACUCGGCGGGCAAGUACAUCGGCGAUCUCUCGAACUUUGGUUUCAAGGACGUUCUCGGCGCUCCUUCCGUUGCCGCUUCCACUAUCCCGGAUAUUCUCUUCGCCAUCUUCCAGGGCAUGUUCGCGGCUAUCACUGUUGCGCUUGCCGUUGGUGCUGUUGCUGAGCGUGGCCGCAUGCUCCCCUGCGUCAUCUACAUGUUCAUCUGGUCGACGAUCAUCUAUGACCCCAUUGCUUGCUGGACCUGGAACCCAUCCGGAUGGGCGGCGAACAUGGGCUCAAUUGAUUUCGCUGGAGGCACUCCGGUCCACAUCGCGUCCGGAACUGCAGCGCUGGCUUACUCCUACAUGCUGGGCAAGAGGCGUGGUCACGGUACUCAGGAGCUCAACUACCGCCCCCACAACGUCACUCACAUCGUCAUCGGCACGGUCUUCCUGUGGGUCGGUUGGUUUGGUUUCAACGCCGGUUCUGCCGGUGCCGCCAACGUUCGCGCCGUGAUGGCAGCUGUUGUUACCAACCUUGCUGCUUGCGUAGGUGGCAUUACAUGGUGCUUGGUUGACUACAGGCUUGAGAAGAAGUGGUCUACCGUCGGCUUCUGCUCCGGUGUCAUCGCUGGCCUCGUUGCCAUUACUCCCGGAUCUGGAUUCGUGCCUGCUUGGGCUGCUGUUGUCUUUGGUGUAUGCGGUGGCGCUUUCUGCAACUACGCCACCAAGCUCAAGUACUUCCUUCGCUGCGACGAUGCCCUUGAUAUCUUCGCUGUCCACGGAGUUGGUGGCUUUGUUGGCAACAUCCUCACCGCAUUCUUUGCUGCUGACUACAUUGCUCACCUCGACGGCUCCACUGAGAUUGACGGAGGCUGGCUCAACCACAACUGGAUCCAGCUGGGUUACCAGCUUGCCGACUCGGUCGCAGGCGGUGCCUACUCCUUCGGCGGAACUUGCAUCAUCCUGGGUACUCUUGGCUUCUUGGGCACCUGGAUCCCAGCCCUGAGGCUUCGCGCUACGGAAGAGGAGGAGAUUCUUGGUAUUGACGACGUUGAGAUUGGCGAGUUCGCGUACGACUACGUUGAGCUUGCUCGUGAAGCCAAGACGCCCGAGGAUGACGAUGCUAUCUCGCGCCACUCAGUCGUGCGCACUUCAAGCCACGAUGGCCACGAGAAGAACCAUGACUCGGUGGGCUCGCAGCUCCCUCUCAACUAG